GUUUCUUCAAGCCUCUUCUUCCUGGCUUCCACAGCUACUUGACAAUUCCUGUGGCUUUCUUUUCCAAGUAUAUACAAGGCAAAAAUGAGCACCAUACGGCGAAGCUAAGAUCAGACGCGUCAAUGAUAACCUGGGAAGUGAAGAUAGAAGAUGGUCAGAAACUCACUGAAGGUUGGAAAGAGUUUGCUCUUGCACACGAUCUUCGUAUCGGUGACAUUCUCAUUUUCAGACAAGAGAAAGACAUGGCUUUCCACGUAACACUCUUGGGACCCAGCAGCUGUGAGAUUCAGUAUGAGUCGUGUUCAGAAGAAGAGAACAACCUAGGGAAGAUUCCAAAACAGAAGAAUUCAAAAAGAGAAGCUGAAUCUUCUUCACUAGAUCCCUCUUGUUUUUUAGCUAACAUCUGGCCUUCGUCCCUACGCUAUGACACAUUGAACCUUCCAAAAAGUUUUGUGAGGGCAAAUGGUCUAGAGACAAGGUGUGGAGGAGAGAUUGUUCUGAUGAAUGAAAAGGGUAAGUCAUGGACUUUAGCUUUAAAACAAAAGCUAAGUGGACCUACUUACAUUAGAAGAGGGUGGAGAAGUUUCUGUAAUGCCAAUGGUCUUAAAACUGGAGGUUUCUACACUUUUAAACUAAUCCAGAGUGGGAGAACUCCGGUUCUCCGUUUGUCCUCCACAGAGACAGAGAAGGAAGCAGAGCCUUCUUCACAAGAGCCCUCUUGUUUUGUGGCUAAUAUCUCGCGUGCAAACCUAUGUUAUGACACACUGUAUCUUCCAAAGAAAUUUUCAAGGGAAAAUGGUCUAGAGACAAGAUGUGGGGAGAUUGUUCUAAUGAAUGAAAAGGGUACUUCAUGGAAGCUAAAGCUGAAACGAAAGAGUUCAUGUGGAACUAUGUACAUCACACAAGGGUGGAGAAGUUUCUGUAGGAUCAAUGGACUUAGAGCUGGAAGUUCUAUCACUUUCAAACUGAUCCAAAGAGGAGGAACUCUGGUUCUACAUUUGUCUCCUAAAGAGACAGAAGAAGAACAAGAAUGCUCACCAAAAGCUAAUGAAGUGGAGUCUCUACCCACAGAAGAAGAAAGCGACGAAGAGAGCAGCCAAGAUGAGAAAAAAAUCAAGAAACAUAGAUCGACAUGGAAAGCUUCAACUUCGCAAUUCCAAAACCAAUUUGUGGCACUAACUCUUAGACCUUUUAAUCUUAAAAAGUAUUUACUGUUUCUUCCAAUACCUUUCACCAGGAGGCACGGCAUAAAUGAGGAAACUAAGAUGACACUGCUGGACAAAAAUGGUGUCAAGUGGUCUACGGAUCUGCGGUCUGAGAGAACUAGUAGAAAAAUAAGAUUGGUAGGAGGUUGGCAAGAGUUUUUCAAAGCUAACUGUGUGAAGACAGGUGAAUCGAUCAUCGUGAAACUGAUAUGGGAAGGAGACAAAAGUUGUGUCCUCAAGUUCUGCUCUAAGGUGAAGAAAGAGACCAAAUGA